GUCUUGACCUGGGGACGCCCAGUGUCUACCUGUUAUGACCUGGGGACGCCCAGUGUCUCCCUAUGGGGCAGGGACAGAGUAUGGCAGGCAGGGUAAGGUGUACACCCUUGGAAUGCAUUCUGGUGAAUUGGAAAGUGUUUGGAUCUGAUCCGUUGAUUAAAAGUAAACUGAAAAGGUUCUGUACAGUAGACUGGCCUCAAUAUCAGCUAGAGGACCAGGAAAGGUGGCCACAGGAAGGAUCACUUAAUUAUAACACGAUCCUUCAAUUACUUCUGUUUUGUCAGCAAACGGGUAAAUGGAAUGAACAUAUGUAUGUACAGUUGUUUAUGUUGUUAAGAGAUAGGUUAGAUAUUUUGCAAAAGUGUAAUUUGAUUCCGACAGGUUCGGUAGUAACUAUUGUUAGUCCCCAGAACCCCCCCACAGCUGUAAUGGCAGGUCCGGUGUCCCCUUCGGCUAUCACACCCCCACCAUAUAAAGACAAGGUGUCUCAGGUCCCAGAGAUUGCCCCCUCGGUGGAAUUUUAUCCGUUGAUCACUGAGACCGUGGUGUCCAGACAUGGCUCAGAUAGGAAUCAGGCCACUACUAUGCAGGUUUACACCCAUGUGCCUUUUAACCCGGUGGACCUAGCAGCCUUUAAGGCACAGGCAGGGGAAUUCUCUACGAACCCAAGCAAGUUUAUCUCGGUCUUUGAAGGGUGCCUGGCUAGUUGUAAGCCUGACGGGAAUGAUUGUAAUGUCCUUAUGCGGACCCUGCUGUCUGAGGUGGAGCAUGAUCAGGUUGUGUCUAAAGAAAAGGAAAAGAGGCAAGCGAAAAUGAUGGUCACAGCAGUACAGGCCGGUGGCAGGGGAAAAUUCCAGGAAGGUGGAAGGGGCCGGGGAAUAAGAGGACGUGGGCGCCCUGGCUCACAGGAAAGGCGUCUGGGUCGCAACCAGUGUGCCAGAUGCCGAAAGGAGGGACAUUGGAAAAAUGAGUGCCCCGAAAGAGAAGGUACCCCUAUGAUGGCAGCGGAGGAUCAAGAAUAGAAGUGUCAGGGGAGACGGACUAUCCUGCCCCCGGAACCCCGAGUAAACAUGAAGGUGGGAUAUUCGGACAUAGACUUUUUAAUAGACUCUGGAGCUGCACAAACCGCCAUAAACCAACCCCUGCAGCUGCCUGUGUCAGAGUCCCUCACUGUGGUGGGUGCUACAGGGAAAGGAACCAAGUGCCCAGUAUAUGCCCCAGCGGAAUGUGCUUUGGGAAACAGAACUCUAUCUCACAGACUGGUUUACCUCCCUGAUUGUCCAACGCUUCUACUAGGACGGGACCUGCUUUGUCGCUUAGGAGCCACCCUGCAUUUCACCCAAGAUGAAAUAACCCUCACCUUACCCCCAGAGAAUGCCUGGAUAAUGACUCUUGCAACUGAGCCCUCAGCCAUGCAAGCCCCAGAGUGGAGCCAGUGGGAAGACAAAAGGAGGGUUAAAAAGCAGCUUUGCUGGACAGUGUUGGCCCAGGGAUUUAAAAAUUCCCUCACCCUUUUUGGCCAGGCCCUGGCCAGAGACUUGGAGGAGUGGGACAAUGAGGACAGGGUCCUCCUCCUGCAAUAUGUGGAUGAUUUGUUAAUUGCUGCUGUGGGUCUCACCCCUUGCCUUAAAGCCACUGUGAGCCUCCUGAACUUUGUUGGACUCCUCAAAAGUGGGUGUGCUCGUCCUGGUUUGUUGCUCCAAAGCUCUGUAUAGAAGUUAUUUUACUGGAAGGGUGCAUAAUGGCAACGUGUAUGUGUUCAUUGUUGGGAAAAGGUGUAUGAGUGAAGAGUGGAAGUUUCCUUUGUAAGUUAAAAGAAGCCAAGAAGGAGAGAAGGAAAAAGAACAGAACGAGUUAACUGAGGGAAAAAAUAUAGCUAGCAAGCUCAGUCCAAAGAUAAGAUGCUGGCACCAUCCAAGGACACUGCCCAGACCUAAGACUUGGCCGGCAGCCAAGAAAAAAGGGGGGGGGGGGGGCUGAAUGGGCCCAAGCAACUAUAAAAUCUGCAAAACACUGUCAGGCAUUAAUGAAAUGUGUUAGGUUUCUUUUCUCACAGAUAAAAGAAGUGCUACCCAAAGACCCUAGCAGCCCUGCCAUUCAUUGAAACAAGGAGACUGAGUCUACGUAAAGUCCAUCAACGAAAAACUGCUUUGGCUCCACACUGGAAAGGCCCUUUCCAAGUCCUGUUCACCACCAACACCGCUGUGAAGUACCAAGGACUGCCCACCUGGACCCAGGCUUCUCACUGUAAAAAGACCCCUCCACCUCGGGAGGACUCUCCGACUGAUGAUAAGCCUAUUUAAAGACAGGGUGAUGUGCUAGUAACCUCUCCCCUGUAUGAUACUGAACCACACUGUUUCAGGAAAAGAGAAGAAGGAACACUUGCUUCACUGAAAUCACAAAGUCCAGGAAUUCCUGACUACAAAAGACAUUAAGAACUGACCCUGGUGAAGAAACAAAGAAUUAUACGCUGGCAGGGAGGCUCUUAGACCCCUGGCCUCCCAGGUACAGGCUGAAUGUCUAGUCUGCCAAAAGAACAACCCUCGAGCUGGAGUGUCAGUGCCACCAGCCACUCUGGAACCUACCCCAGGCCUGGUUUGGCAAAUAGACUUUACUGAGUUCUCCCGGACCCAAGGAUUCAAAUACCUUUUCGUCUUGGUGGAUCGAUUCAGCGGAUGGCCUGAAGCCUUCUCACGCCAUAACAACACUGCCAAGACGGUGGCUCUGAAAUUUGUCAAGGAGAUCAUUCCCCGCUUCGGACUCCCCCAGUGGAUGGAAUCUGACAAUGGAACACACUUUACAUCCCAAGUUGUUCAGAAGAUAUCGGAUGCCCUGCAAAUCCCCUGGAAGCUCCACACUCCAUGGCGACCGCAGGCCAGUGGAGUAGUGGAAUGCACAAAUCAGACACUUAAGCGGCACCUCUCAAAGGUAUACCAGAGAUUUGCAGCCUCUCCCGCUGAAUGCCCCUGUCCACUCCCUGCAACCUGGUGAUUCCAUUCUCGUUCGGACCUGGAAGGACGAGCCUCUCCAAGAGAAGUGGAAGGGACCCCACACCAUCCUGCUGGUCUCCCACACAGCAGCAAAGGUCGAGGGACACAAGAACUGGAUUCAUCACUCCCGUCUGAAGGCAGUGCCCGCUCCUGAACGGUGGACCGUCCAGCCUACGGAAAAGGACUACCAGCGAUGACCUGGGACUUAAACUGUUAUUCAAAAGACAAUAAGGCCUGCUGGAAAUGCCCUGUGGUCUCUUUGGACAGUCGCAGCGCACUCCCCGUGAAAACUCUAAGCGUUGGUUGUGUUUACUCUCACAGGGCCGGCCUAACCUGGUGGCCUGGUCCUUUUGUUUUUAAUCUGCCUACUAUUGGUAAUUGAUAUUUUGUGGGUAUUUGGGGAAUUGUAAUUGUUAGGCCCUAGGGUCACCUGCCCAGCAUGAGUUCAGGUCCAGGGUCUGCCACAGUAGUACUCUUUGCCAUAGGGACACUCCUUUCGUUACCUCCCGUUUCCCCCAGGCACAUGUGGGAUGGAAAGGGAUCCCUACUAACUUGGAAACAAACACAUAUGAGUCCUUGAAGGUUUGCUUUGCCCAAGAGUUUAACCUCUCUAACUGCUGAGUA